GCAGCUCCCAGGACAGUGUUGUUUCUGGGGACCUCUCUGCCGCCUGUACCUGUGGCACCAGAUACAGUGGGAUGGGAGCCUGUAGCAGCAGCUGUAAGAAGGGUUAAGUUGGCAGGGCUUGAAGAAACACCCGAGCCUCCAGCCCUCCCCCUGCACCCAGAGGGUCCCAGCUGGCCCUUAUGCCCAACCCACCCAGGUGCAACCCAGUGGCAGUGUGAGGAGAUAAAGAUGACCAUGCAGAGACACCCGCAGAGCCUGGGGUACAGCAAGGAAGAGCUGAACAGGCUUAACCAGGCCAUCCAGCGGCUGACUGUGGAUCCCGGCGAACUAGAGGGAGCUCUGCAGGAGGAGGGCGCCUCAGGCAGUGCCAAGGGCAAGCUGGCCUGGCUGGAGGCUGCCCUGCAACAGUCCAGGCAGGACAUGGCCCGACAGCUGCGGGAGUACCAGGAGCUCAUGGUCGUCAAGCUGGGCCUGGACUUUGAGAUCGCCACCUACCGCAAGCUGCUGGAGGGCGAGGAGAGAAGGCUUGGCCUGAGACGGGGAGCAGAGAGCCUCACCCUGGACAGUGAUCUCACCUGCCAGCCCGGCUUGGCCCGGGGCCCCGACCGCCUGCUACCUUCAAGAGCAGGAGCGGGCUCCGACACCCUGGAAACGAGCACUCCUGGCUGCAGCGGCUCACUCUGCGGCUCCCCAGGCUGUGUCAAGGAAUUCAGCUGCAGAGACUUCUCCGGACGUUGA